UAUCUAUAGGCACAAAUCAGGAGUGAAAGAACAAACGAGGCAGCCAAACAGAGAAAAAGCAAAAGAAGACGUUUAGAAGUGUGGGGAAAUGUGUUUAAAAUAGUAUUUUUUAUUUUUUUUAAAGAAAUGGUUGGAGAACCAGAAAAUUGAUUUGGCCUGGAGAGAAUCCGGGAUCAAGCAUAGUAAGGCCGUUCCAAAAAAAUGGACUUAUCAACCAUCAUUUCUUUGAAAUAAGGACACAAAACUUGGAUUAAAAGUCGAAAGGUUUUAAAUAUAUUUGCUUGCUAUAGCAAGAAUCAUCAGGACGACAGCAUUGUUUAAGGAGAUUUUAUCAGAUUUAAUCCAAACGUGUCGCAGUGAGUGAGUCAGACUGAGUGUCAUCCGCUGCUAGACUACCAAGAUGGAGGAGUCUGGUAGUCCUCGCUUCAGCAAGCUCCAUUUCCCUGUGGGUUUGUGGAUAAAUUCCCCGCGGAAACACUUUGCCAAGCUGGGAGCACGUUGGCCAAGUGCAGCAUCAGUCAAAUCUACUACUAGCUCAGAUGCAGCCUCUGUGCCUGAGGCCCCGCCCCCAGCACCUCCUGCUGCCCUGUCUUUCUCUAGUCCUUCUGUUGCUCCACCCUCUCCUUCACCUAACCCCACCGUCCUUCGUCCUCGGCCAGCCAAUCAGCAGUCUCGUGCCAAGCGACUGUCUCACCUCUUUUUGAGAGGGCGGUCCAACAGCGAUCGUGAUCGAGCCAUUGGAGAACGUGAGAGAGAGUUGUGGGCUCAUUCAGCCACUCCAUCACAGCAUCACUACCUGCCCCCUGCAUCAUCAUCUGCCCCAGGUCUAGUGAAAAUUUAUGGAGAUGCUCUCUCAAGUGGAGCUAACUACCGUAGCCUGCUGGCUAAUAUCCACUCUACAGCACAACAGCUCAUCCAACAAGUCAUCACCCGAUACACUGAGAGAGAGCGGGAGAACGAGAGUGAUGACAUAGCUCUUCAGAAGCAUUUUCCAGAGGACUUCCUGUUGUGUGAUGUCAUUGGAAAGCCCAUUCAGCAGGCAGAUGGAGCUCUACAAUGGCAGACUGAAUGCCGGAGAGGUGUAGCACCUUGGGAAUGUCCCCUGCUGCUAGUCGACAUGUGGAGGCCCAAGGAGGGCUUCGAACGUCGAUUCGAGAUCCAGCGGCGUGACGAGUAUGAGAGGGAGGAGAGAGAAAAAGAGAGGGAAAGGGAGAGGGAAGGAGAGAACUACCAAGUGCGCUGGAGACGGAGUCGCAUGGCCUCAGGUGGUGGCCCAGAUGAGGAACGAGGUCAUCGGGGGCGCAAUACUGAACUCAGAAGGAGCAUCAGUGACAUGAACCUGACACUCAGACGUCGACAAGGAAACCAGGCCAACAACGACUCCAGACGUAGUGGCAAUGCAACAGGCAGUGGUGGAGCACAGGACAGGAAGAACAUUGUGAGCAUGAUUGCAACAGAGCCAGGACAGGUGACUGGACCACGGGUUGGGGAUGAGACACGAACAGCUGAAGACGAUAAAGAUGCCUGUGACCUAGAAGUGAUGUCCCAGAGCCUGAUCCUUCCACCUACAGACCGUCCUUACUUCCUGUUACUACAGGGCUAUGACCAAAGCAAGGAUUUUGUUUUGUACAUCAUGGCGAGCCACACCCACGUUUUCGGACGGAAGCCGACAUUUCGCGAGAGGGAGAAGGACAGAGAGAGGGAACGGAAAGGGAAGAGGGCUCUUAGAGUUGAUACUUUCCUCUCAGCUCCUGACCUGCUCGUCCGUCACCUUCUUGUCAGGAGGGACACAGCUGUCCCUGAGCAGCCCUUCGGUCAAGCUCUGCUGCGCCCAUUCAGAGGAGGGGCUGUCAGUCAUAAUGGAGUUGUGCUGUACAGAGAGGCUGUCCUUAAGCCUGGAGAUCUCAUUGGUCUCGGCAGCCACUUCGUCUUCCUCUAUCGUGACCCCAGAGUGACCCCGGCCCCACCACUAGCAUUGGCUCUACCGGUGCAAGCUGACGCGACGAUUUCCUUUGGCCCUGGGAACAUGAUGGACAGACAGGAAGUUCUCAGAAAAUAUCUGGGAUCGACUGAGGCAGUACUGAAAUUUCAAGCACAUCAUGCAGAUGUCCUCUUACAGGAAAUUAUCUCAAAGAAUUCGACUCCAGAUUCAGGUGGAGGUCCGUUAGCACCAGCUUAUCUGCUGUCACUCAUGAUUGACCAUGCCUCCAAACAUCUGGAUCCUGCACUAACACCCCAGCUGCUGUUGAAGGCAGCCAAUCAGAUAAAGGCGAUUGUGUGGGAGAACAUUAAAGAGUUUGGAGACAAACAUCCCACACAAACCUCUCCGGAGUCCGAGGUUGACGUUCCUCCGCCUAGCGUGCAGAAUCUCUCCUCUGACCUCCGACCUCUCAUGUUCUGGAUGUCCAAUGCUACAGAGCUCCUUAACUUCUUCCAGGUCAAAGUGGAGACUCUGGAGAAGGAAUGGGAGUUUGAGGCGCCUGGUGACCCUGUUCUGUCAGCUGAUAUGGACACUUGCUCUGAUGCACUGGCGCAGCUGGAUGAUGUCAUCAUGCACACUUUCCAGCAGUGUGUUUAUCACCUGACCAAGACCCUGUACUCCCUCCUCCCUGCUCUACUUGACACCAACCCUUUCUCCGGUGAAGAAAAAGAGAAGGAGAAGCCUGGCGCGAGAGAUGGAGAUAGUCACCAAAGUGAAGGAGAGGGCAGUGAGGAAAGUGAUGUAUCGAACCUACCCCCUACUGUAGCAGGGCUGGUGGAAGUGUAUCGCUGUUCCUUGCAGUUGACACGUGAAGCCUGCCUCUCUCCCCCUCUCACCUCCCAGACCUUCGGCUACCUGUUCUUCUUCACCAACACAUCGCUCCUUAACACCCUGCUUGAGAGAGACAGUCUGUUUUCCUGGUCACGUGCGGUGCAGAUUCGCACUAAUCUGGACCUGGUUCUAGAUUGGCUACAGGGAGCGGGACUUGGAGAUAUUGCCUCAGAAUUCCUUAAAAAGCUGUCAAACACUGUCAACUUCCUGUGCAUUCCUAAGACUCGCCUUAUCCAGUCAUCCUGGGCCAACCUACAGGACGAGCAUGCCUUGUUAAGCCCUGCACAGCUUCACCAUCUACUGACUCACUAUAAGCUAGGACCAGCCAGAGCUCCACCUUCCUGUUGGGCUCCACCACCAGGCACCGACCUUGGAGGCGAUAUUUUUGAGAGCUUCCUAGAUCAUCCACCUCUCAUCCUGCCCAAUGAAACGCCAAGCUUGGACCUUACUCAGCCAAUCCCAAACCCUGAGCUCCAAAAGGAAGUAACACGUCUGCGGACUUUCCUGUGGGGUCUGGAUCAGGAAGAACCUCCUGCCAAUCAGAGAACUAGGUUAUAGUAGUAGAAUACAUAAUCUAUGGGGUUAGCGAUGCUUACAUUUAUGCAAACACACACCAAAGUCUUGUCUUAUACAUAUCAUCUGUAAUAAGAUUGCAAUACAUAUCAGUUUUUUUUUUAAGUAAGUAUAAAAUGCUUGAGUUUUUUUUUAUAGACAUGGGUGGUAAAAUUUUUAAGAAAGGAACAAAAUGCUAUAAAAGUUACACUUUACAUAAGGUCCCCGCAUUAUUGUUUUAAAUCAAACUCAAAUAGAAUCAUGAUACAUUGUAUAACUUGUGCAUGAUGCUGAAUAAUUAUCUCUCAUGUUACAUAUUCACAUAAAGUUGACUAAUCAUUGCCUGGUUGCAGUGGUUACUUUACUUAAGUUUUUAACGAAUUUAAUGUAUAUUCACUCUUUUUACCUUUUUUUUAAGCAAUGUAGACAUUGUUGUUGGUGAUGACAACUAGACCAAAUAAACACUAAUGCACACUAAAGGUCACAGUAUAACACUUAAUAUCAUAUGAAAUGCCCUGCAAUUGUUUGGCACUCCAUCCAGGGUGUACCCUCCCUGGUGCCACGAGUCCCCUUCCCGCAACCCGAGACAGUAUAAGCGGUAUAGAGAAGUGAGACAGAGAAAGAGAGAGAGAAAGGUUAUAAUCAUAGUAUACACAUGCCAUAUUUAAAAUAAGAAUUUGAGUUGUUUAUGUUGUUUAUUGUUACUAUAGAUACACUGUGCAACACACCUGACAUCCUUUUCCCUGUGGUGUAAGAAUUUUCACCCUCACUUAUAGUUAAGGGUGUCCCAGUUUCCCCCUUCAGGUCCCCUCUCUGCACUAUAAAGUUGAUGAUUCAGAGUUAUCCGUGAUCUCACCCGCCCUGACAACAUGUUCGACUCCCGACCCAUCUCAAACAUCUGCUUCUCCCUUUAAUACACUGACCUCAUAAUACACUGACAAGGUUCACCUAGAUGCAUUAAAUAUUUUAUCCAUGUCUAAUAUGUUCACAUAUUGCCAAUAAAAAUGAUUGUCAUGAGACCAGUUUAUUUUUGCA